AUGGCCGAGAAUGAGCCUUUUGUCGUACAGUUUUUGAACGAGCUCAAUUGCGCCCAGUACAUCGACCGGUUCAAAUCCUGGAAUCUUACAUCCGAAAAUGUGGUCGCACAUUUGGAUAAAGAGAUCUUGAUCGAAGUAGGUGUCAAAAAAAUUGGAGACCGUAUUAGAAUUCUUAAACGGUCCCAAACGUUACGUGGAAGCAAGUUCCGGUCCCCUAUAGAGGCAAGGGAACUCUUACAGAGAUUCCAGGCUCUCAGCCUUACGCAACUAACUACAACAGAAGAACUGGUUACAGACAAACACUCCGCCAUUUUCAUUCUGAAUGAUGGAUCUGCCAAGAAAGUGAAUGUAAACGGCUGUUUCAACGCAGAUUCCAUUAAGAAAAAGCUAAUCAAGAAACUUCCAAGUGAGUUUAUUGCAUGCACUCCGCAAGGCGAAGAAACACGCAAUUCUCAGGACUAUGACGUGUUUGUAGUGGAUUACACCAAAAACGUUCUGCAUUUGCUGUAUGACGUAGAACUAGUCACUAUAUGUCAUUCCACAGAUCGUGUUGAGAAAAAUAGGCUCAUUUUUGUUUCGAAGGAUCAAACCCCAAACGAGAGAGCUACACUGACAUCUAAAAAACUCCAUCUCAAAACUUUGAGCGUUAUCAACCAACUUGGUUCUAUCUCUAACUUCACAACUGCCACUCCAAACUCGAGAGCUCGUUUUCAUGCUGCAGAUACUUUGGCGUCCUACGGUGCCUCUCCGGUUCCACAAAGCAGUCUUAGGAUCGAAAACUCUAAGGACAACAUUAGACAGAUUUUCAAUCAAAGACCUCCAAGUGAAUUGAUCUCCACAAAUCUUGGUGAAUACUUCCCGCUCGCGGAUUCCAAAAGUCUUCGGAAAACUGUGAAAAGCUCAGUGCGACAAUCUAUAAGACUAAGCUCCAUCAACGGUUCUGUCGCACCUGCUAACGGUAACAAUGUGGGGAAUAUAUGGGUGAACAAUUCCAAUGCGGUUGGCAGAGCACUUCUGCAAAGCAUAGACCAGACUUCAACGGAUCCAUCGGCCACAGCGGGAACUGAAAAGACCGGUACUGCUGUGUCAACCCGUCGUGGCAGUGCUGAAGAUGAUACGCUGAAUUUCAGCCCUGCAGAAACGUCUCGCGAAGAUUUGAGCGUCCGAAAGGCGAGCGGAAGCUCUAUAGAGUCCAAACAGGCACCAACUAAACGUCCAGGUCUCAUUUCUCAUAGUACCUACGGCGAAAAAGCAUCACUCAGACAGAAAAACACGGAUCGCAUAGAACUUUUACAGGUGCAAUCAGACUACGAAGAAGACGACGGAGAUAUCAUUUCGCUACCAACCAAAGUCGCCACUCCUAAAAAUUGGCUCAAGGGUGCGAGGAUCGGAGCAGGUAGUUUCGGUAGUGUGUACCUGGGUAUGAAUGCCCAAACCGGUGAACUGAUGGCCGUAAAGCAGGUAGAACUCCAGCCAGCUGCGGUCACCGCAGGCGUAAUGUCCGUAUCUGACGGUGUCAAAAAACAGUACAAUCAAAAUGCAGGCACAGCUGCCGCCAAAAAUAGCUCUCAGAUACACAGGAAAAUGAUUGACGCAUUGCAGCACGAAAUGGGGCUGCUCAAAGAAUUACACCACGACAAUAUUGUGACCUACUUCGGCUCGUCCCAAGAAGGUGGGAAUCUCAACAUUUUUCUGGAAUAUGUGCCGGGUGGAUCGGUUUCCUCCAUGCUCAACAACUACGGUCCGUUUGAAGAGCCAUUGAUCAAAAAUUUUACACGCCAAAUCUUGAUCGGCCUUGCUUACUUGCAUCGGAAGGACAUUAUUCACAGAGACAUCAAGGGUGCAAACAUUCUGAUUGACAUCAAGGGCUGCGUCAAAAUUACAGAUUUUGGUAUUUCCAAGAAACUUUCGCCUUUGAACCAGCAACAAAACAAAAGAGCAUCAUUGCAGGGGUCGGUGUACUGGAUGGCUCCCGAAGUAGUGAAACAAGUGGUGACCACCGAGAAAGCUGACAUCUGGUCUGUUGGAUGCGUCAUAAUCGAGAUGUUCACGGGCAAACACCCGUUCCCAGAUUUUUCGCAGAUGCAGGCCAUCUUCAAGAUCGGCACUAAUACCUACCCAGACUCUCCGUCUUGGGCUAGUGAAGAAGCCAAGAGUUUUCUGCGUGAAACUUUUGAAUUGGAUUAUCGCAAACGGCCAAGCAGUAUCGAGCUUCUACAACAUGCUUGGCAAGACACUUCUCUGUUAUAA